AUGGCUUCCAAGACCGGCGCGGCUAAGGUACCCGUGGCUCUGCCCAAAAGCAACGACAGUGCUUCGAGUCCCGCGGCCACCUCUGCCUCUGGCUCGUUGAUCGGGCAGGACAGCGCACUAUACAAUGCCAUUGGCGCAAGAGUUACAGUCACGACAUCUGCAAUCCCUCGAAUCGAAGGCACCAUCUAUACGGCUGACCCAAUGACCUCUCUCCUCAUCCUCGAGACCUCAUCCUCUCCGAAUACCGCCAUCACACCACAGUCCCUUACCGCUCCGCCUGGCAACUACCGCUUAAUACCCAUCUCCCAGAUCACAUCCUUCACCAUCCUCUCUUCUGGCCCAGCCAAUACAAGCUCAUCACAGAUACCAACCCCCGCCCCGCAGAUCGACACUGCAGCCGCAACCGCCCGUCUCAACACCGCCAUUGCCAAUGCCCAGGCCGCCCUCUCCCGUCAAGGACCCAGAGGCACCUCUCGACGCGAUCAAGCACUAUUCGAUGCGCUAGCUCGUACGCAUCCUGCGAGAUGGGAAGGAAACAGCAUGGUCAUCAGUGACAGCUUCCUGAUCGAGAAACCUUACUCGAGCGCGACGACAACGACAUAUACUGGUGGAGCCGGUGGUCAACAGGGUGGACAUGCGAAUGGGAACACAUUCAAGGGCGAUCUCACGCGGUUUCGAAACAUCGUCGAUAUGGAAUUGAAAAAGGCGGAGUUCAGGCUUCAGCAAGCAGAUUUGGAUGCACGAGUCGUGAGUGGUGGUGGCGGUGCUGGGGAAGGCGAGAGGAAGGGUGGCUAG